AUGCCCCCUGUCACCAACGGCCAAUUCUCAUACAAUAUUGACACAUUCUAUGUCGCCGCGUCGGGAGGACAGAUCCACCGCCGUGCAGCUCCAGCUGAAAUAAAAGCCCUUUACGAUACCGCGACUACAGACAAUAGCACACCAGACCACCCAGGCCAUUGGUAUGAAGCACAGCUCCUUCACUAUGGCCUGCCACCGUCAAAGGUCAAGGCGACUGCCAAGAUGCGACUUCUGAAAGCCGUGCAAGCCGGCGCCCUGAGUGUCCCCAAGGAAAGCCUACAAAUCGAAAAGAAUCUGAAGAAGGAAUGGAAGAAACAGGAUUCGGAGGAAAAGCCACAGGCUAAUACCAAGAUCACAUCGACGAAGACUGUUACCACCAAGACUGUUACAGUUUCUAAGACUGUUGCGUCCAAAACGACCGAGAGCAAGACUACCACAGCCAAAGCCAAAGCCGCGGCCAAACCUGCUGCGACCAAGGCUGUUGCCAAACCUGCAACUAUUAAAACUGCGGCUACCAAAGCUGCUACGCCUAAAGCUGCUCCCCCAAAGAAAGAUACCGCACCCAAGUCCGUUGCUUCCAAAGCCACUGCGGCCAAACCUGCUGCUGCUAAGGCUGCUGCUGUUAAAACCGCAACUGCCCCAGCCAAGAGAAAGAGAGCCUCAAAUGACGAGGGGACACCCAAUCAACCACAGACCGCCAAACGCCGCGUGUAUGGCAAACAGACACAAUCCAAUACGAAUGUGCCCACUAGAAACCACCCCGAGCCGAGUGGGUGGUCUGGGCAGCCCGGGUACCAGGAUGUGCCUCCCUCGUACGAAGUCGCCUGCGGGAUGAAAGGAGAGCGCCUUUAUGAUGCUUUAGAUGACCAGAUGGACAUUGAGGAUGCGAACGAGUCCGAGGCAUACUCAGACCCACCAUCCCCACCUCGAACCCUGAAACGCACCCUGGGUCUACUUAAUGGGACGUACGAAGUUCGUGCCCCCGAUAUUGAAAACGAGUGGCCACACGCUAUGCCAUCUGACGGAAUUACCUUAUCCCUCCGCCUUAACGGGAAAGAGGUUUGGGGGAAUACGACUUCGGGAUGUUUGAGGGUGUACUGUGGAUGCCAGAACGACCUAUGA